AUGGAAGUCCCAUACCCGGACCAUAGGAGGCCGCUUUACUUGGAGGGACAGAUCAAUGAUGUGUUCAUAAGGAGAGCUUUGGUGGACACGGGUUCCUCUGUCAACAUAUUACCUCUGUCUGUGCUUACGGCAGCUGGUAUCCCAUUGUCCAAAAUUGUCCAAUCACAAACAAGCAUCAGUGGUUUCGGGAAUAAGAGUGAGGUCACAGUCGGGCAUCUACAAGAGCCAAUGGCAGCACCCAGACACAUGCAAGAUGGAUCGUCAGCAGUAGCUGAGCAGCUGGAAACAAUUGAUUUGAGUGAGGAUCCCUCUGCCCCGAGGCCCAUUUCCAUAAGUGUUCAUUUAACAAAUGAGGAGAGGGCGGCCUUGAUAUCUUUGCUAAAGGAAUUUCGAGAUGUGUUCGCUUGGAGCUAUGAGGAAAUGCCUGGUCUGAACCCAAGCUUAGUAAGUCAUACUCUGAAUAUUGAGCUUGGUACAAAACCUGUCGUGCAGGCAAGAAGGAAUUUUCAUCCUGAAGUUGAGAAGCAAAUCAAGGUAGAAAUUGAAAAGUUGUUAGCUGCCGGAUUUAUUAAACCAAUCAAGCAUCCUACGUGGCUAGCAAAUAUUGUCCCUGUGAAGAAGAAAACCGGUGUGAUCAGAAUAUGCACGGAUUAUCGAGAUCUCAACCGAGCUUGCCCAAAGGAUGAGUUCCCGCUGCCAAACAUGGAUAUCUUAAUUGAUUCGACCUCGGGUCAAGGCUUGUUGUCAUUCAUGGAUGGGUUUAGUGGCUACAAUCAGAUCAAGAUGUCUCCCAAGGAUGCUGAAAAGACAGCCUUUCGAACACCGUAUGGGAAUUUUUAUUAUACGGUCAUGCCGUUCGGCCUCAAAAAUGCUGGCGCCACCUACCAAAGAGCUAUGACAGCGGUGUUUCACGACAUGAUGGGAAAAGAAGUUGAAGAUUAUGUGGAUGACCUUGUGGUGAAGUCCAAAACCAGAGAAGGCCAUCAAGAAGUUUUAAGGAGAGUGCUGGAAAGGUGUCGGCUGUACAGUUUGAAGAUGAAUCCAAAGAAGUGUGCGUUCGGGGUUUCAUCUGGUAAAUUCUUGGGGUUUCAAGUACACCAGCGUGGCAUAGAUGUGGAUCCAGAAAAGACUAAAGCCAUAAAUUCUCUUGCACCGCCUAAAAGCCCAAAAGAAUUGAAAAGCUUUAUGGGAAGAUUAUCGUAUAUUCGGCGCUUUAUCCCAGGCCUUGCUGCCACCAUGAGUGCUUUUACUCCAUUGCUCAAGAAAGGCAAGAGGUAUGAAUGGAGUGAGAAGUGCCAAGAAGCUUACAAGAAGGUGCAACAAAUAAUCGCCAAGCUGCCCACUAUGAAAGCACCUAUUCCGGGGCUGCCUCUCAAGCUUUAUUUGGCUGCAACAAACACAGCGGUUGGGGCCUUACUUGCUCAAGAUGAUCAUAGUGGGGAAGAAAGUCCUAUUUAUUACCGCUUGCGACAUUACUUCCUUGCUCACAAGCUACAUCUCAUGGUGAAGUCUGAUCCCGUAAGAUAUUUGCUUACAAGGCCGAUAUUAUCCGGACGCCUUGCACGUUGGUUGCUACAGCUGUCCGAGUUCGAUAUCACCUGCACUACUCCAAAAGCCAUCAAAGGGCAGGCCGUUAUUGACAUGUUGGCUCUAUUUCCCGAAGUUGAAGAAUCAACAAUCUCUAAGGAAGUUCUGGGGGAGCUGCCGGAAAUGGUUGCUGUUGUCACAGAGGCAGAACCAUGGACCCUCUACUUCGAUGGGUCUUCUACAUCGAAGAGUGGAGGGGCAGGUGUGGUGCUUGUCGAUCCCGAGGGGCAAGCUACGGCCCUCUCGUUUAAGCUAAAUUUCCCAUGCACGAAUAAUACGGCAGAGUACGAAGCUUUUAUUGCAGGGAUGUCUACAGCAAGGGAAAUGGGUGUCGAAAGAAUUAAAAUUAUUGGGGAUUCAAACUUGGGUGCUGAGUCAAUUACAAGGAAAUUUCGCCGUGAAGGAACCAGCAUUGGCACCAUAUCAUAUGCUGAUGCGUUGGCCACUUUGGGGUCAAGGCUCUCAUUUAUUGACGAACAGCCCAAUAUUGCAGUAAUCAAGAAGGACAUACCAGUUGUUGAAGCAAUGGCUCAAGAGGAGCGGCUGGAAGAGGAUGACUGGAGGAAGCUUGUGAAAGAAAAAAUAGGCAAAGGAAGCAACAUCAAAGAUUGA